UCAUCAUUUUACACAUCCUCCAGAAUUAAGAAAUUAAACCACCAAGGCCAUGGCUUCCCACAUCUUUCUCUUUUCCACACCUUUUUUGGUUUUUUCCUUUCUUGCUUGUGCUUCCUUCUUUGCUUCUUUUGCUUACUCGGCUAGUACUGGAGCUGCUGAAGUAGCAAAUGGAAGGAAGGAAGCGGAAGCUCUUCUAGAAUGGAAAGUCAGUCUUGACAAUCAAAGCCAGUCUCUCCUGUCUUCUUGGGCUGGAGACAGCCCUUGCAACUGGUUCGGAAUCAGUUGCGACCAGUCUGGUAGUGUCAUCAACAUAAGUCUGCCCAAUUAUAGUUUGAGAGGUACGCUUAAUAGACUCAGAUUCUCUUCCUUUCCUAAAUUGACUGUGCUUAACCUUCCCAACAACUCCCUUUAUGGUUAUGUUCCUUCACAUAUAGGUAACCUUUCUAACCUCUCCUUCCUUAACUUGGCUUUCAAUAGCAUUUCUGGCAACAUUCCACCAGAAAUUGGAAAUUUAGUGUCUCUCAGAAUUUUAGCUUUGUCAUCUAAUAAACUAACCGGUACAAUACCAGCAUCUUUAGAAAAUUUAAGAAACUUAUCUAAACUUUACCUUUGGAAUAAUAAUCUUUUUGGUUCCAUUACUUUUAUUGGAAACCUGACGAGAUCUCUCACCACUUUGAUUUUGUCAUCUAAUAAACUAACUGGUACAAUACCGGCAUCUAUAGGAAAUUUAAAAAGCUUAUCUACACUUUACCUUUAUAAUAAUAAUCUUUCUGGUCCCAUUACUUUUAUUGGAAACCUAACAAGAUCUCUCACCAAUUUAGAUUUAUCAUCCAAUAAACUAACUGGUAUAAUACCAGCAUCUUUAGAAAAUUUAAAAAGCUUAUCUCAACUUAACCUUGCAUAUAACAAUUUUUUUGGUCCCAUUAUUUUUAUUGGAAAUCUGACGAGAUCUCUCACUAUUUUAGAUUUGACUUCUAAUAAAUUAGCUGGUACAAUACCGAUUUCUUUAGAAAAUUUAAAAAGUUUAUCUGAACUUUACUUAGAGGAUAAUAGUUUUUUUGGUCCCAUUAUUUUUAUCAGAAACUUGACCAGUUCUCUCACUAUUUUAAAUUUGUCAUUUAAUAAUCUAACUGGUACAAUACCUGCAUCUCUAGGCAAUUUAAAAAGAUUAUCUGCAUUUGCCGUUGGGAAUAACAAUCUUUCUGGUCCCAUUCCUCCAGAAAUGAACAACCUUACACAUUUGUAUGCGUUACAAAUAUUUUCUAAUAGAUUGUCUGGUAAUCUACCACGAGAUGUGUGCCUUGGUGGAUUACUUUCAUAUUUUUCUGCAUUUGAAAAUUAUUUCACGGGACCUAUCCCGAAAAGCUUGAGAAACUGCAGCAGCUUGUUGAGACUCAGACUUGAUAGAAACCAACUUAGUGGAAACAUAUCUGAAGCUUUUGGCACACAUCCUCAUUUGAACUACAUGGAUUUGAGUGAUAAUGAAUUGCAUGGUGAACUUUCAUUGAAUUGGGAGCAGUUUAACAGUCUGACAGCCUUCAGAAUUUCUGGUAACAAGAUUUCUGGAGAGAUACCAGCAGCUCUUGGAAAGGCAACUCAUAUACAAGUUCUUGACCUCUCGUCAAAUCAACUAGUUGGGAGAAUUCCCAAAGAAUUGGGAAAUUUGAAGUUGAUUGAACUUGCACUCAACGAUAAUAGACUUUCAGGAGAUAUUCCUUUCGAUGUCGCAUCGCUAUCUGAUCUCCAAAGGCUUCGCCUGGCCGCGAACAAUUUUAGUGCAACAAUUCUUAAACAGCUUGGCAAGUGCUCAAAACUGAUAUUCUUGAAUAUCAGCAAGAAUAGAUUCGCAGGGAGUAUUCCUGCUGAGAUGGGGUCUUUACAGUCUCUUCAAAGUCUUGAUCUCAGUUGGAAUUCCCUCAUGGGAGGUAUAGCACCGGAGCUUGGACAGAUGCAGCAGCUAGAGGUAUUAAACCUCUCCCACAAUAUGCUGUCUGGUCUAAUUCCAACCAGUUUUAGUAGACUGAAAGGCCUCACUAAAGUGGAUGUAUCCUAUAACAAGCUAGAGGGUCCCAUUCCUGACAUCAAAGCCUUUCGCGAGGCACCAUUUGAAGCAAUUCGCAACAACACCAACCUGUGUGGCAAUGCAACUGGUUUGGAGGCUUGUUCUGCUCUCAUUAAAAACAAAACUGUGCACAAGAAGGGCCCCAAAGUUGUCUUUUUGACAGUAUUUUCUCUGCUGGGUAGUUUGUUGGGCCUGAUUGUAGGUUUUCUUAUCUUUUUCCAAAGCAGAAGAAAGAAAAGUUUAGUGGAAACACCACAAAGAGAUGUUACCGCGAGAUGGUGCCCUGGUGGGGAUCUGCGCUACGAGGACAUCAUUGAGGCAACUGAGGAAUUCGACUCCAAAUAUUGCAUUGGUACUGGAGGGUAUGGAGUUGUAUACAAAGCUGUACUUCCAUCAGAACAAGUCCUUGCCGUGAAGAAAUUCCACCAAACACCAGAAGUUGAGAUGAGCAGCUUGAAAGCUUUUAGAAGCGAGAUUGAUGUCUUAAUGGGUAUACGGCAUCGAAAUAUUGUGAAGCUGUAUGGUUUCUGCUCGCAUGCCAAACACUCAUUUUUGGUAUAUGAAUUUGUGGAAAGGGGAAGUCUAAGAAAGGUACUGAACGACGAGGAACAAUCAGCAAAGAUGGAUUGGGAUAAAAGGAUGAACCUUAUCAAAGGCGUAGCCAAUGCUUUAUCCUACAUGCACCAUGACUGCUCCCCUCCGAUUAUUCAUAGAGACAUUUCCAGCAACAAUGUUCUUUUGGAUUCAGAAUAUGAGGCUCAUGUCUCUGACUUCGGCACAGCCAGGCUCUUAAUGCCUGACUCGUCCAAUUGGACAUCAUUUGCUGGCACCUUUGGGUACACAGCUCCAGAGUUGGCAUACACAAUGAAAGUGGAUGAAAAAUGUGAUGUGUAUAGCUUUGGAGUAUUAACAUUGGAAGUAAUGAUGGGAAAGCAUCCUGGCGAUUUCAUCUCAUCUCUGAUGUUAUCUGCCUCCACCUCCUCAUCAUCACCAAUUGGUCACAAUACAGUCUUGAAGGAUGUCUUAGACCAGCGCCUCCCACCUCCUGAAAACGAGCUUGCGGACGGUGUGGCACAUGUUGCAAAACUAGCGUUUGCUUGCUUGCAGACCGAUCCUCACUAUCGGCCAACAAUGCGACAGGUUUCUACAGAGCUUACAACUCGAUGGCCUCCAUUGCCAAAGCUAUUCUCCACGAUGGAAUUGGAAGAUAUAAUGGUUCACAGAAAUGUUAUUGGCUGAAUUUUUACAGUAUACUUGGGCGUUUGUGUAAAGCAACUUGUUUGGCAAAAUGUAAUAUUCAAUAAUCAAGUCUGUGUUAGAUAUUCCGUCCAAAGCAUCAUUUUAGAUGAACUUGGUGAAUGUCAUGAAUCAUGUAAUUUAUUGCCUUCAUUUGUAUCAAUUGCCUUCCUACUA